AUGCCCAGCGCAACGGGCCAGAGCUGGGAGAAGUAUCAAAAGGAAUACGCCGACGACGAGGUUCCAGAGAAGAAGAUCACACCUUUAUCAGAAGAAGACAUUCAAGUAUUACGGACAUAUGGAGCCGCACCCUAUGCCGCAGCUCUAAAGAAGCUUGAGAAGGAAAUCAAGGACAAACAACAAAGCGUCAAUGAGAAAAUCGGCGUCAAGGAAUCAGAUACCGGUCUCGCUCCUCCACAUCUUUGGGAUGUUGCCGCCGAUCGACAACGCAUGUCCGAAGAACAGCCUCUACAAGUAGCGCGAUGCACGAAGAUUAUACAAGAUGAGAAAGAUGUCGAGAAGAGCAAAUAUGUCAUCAACGUCAAGCAGAUCGCAAAGUUUGUGGUGAACUUGGGAGAGCGAGUCAGUCCCACAGAUAUCGAAGAGGGUAUGCGAGUAGGAGUGGAUCGACAGAAAUACUCAAUCAUGCUGCCCUUACCCCCAAAGAUCGAUCCCAGCGUGACCAUGAUGACGGUCGAAGACAAGCCUGAUGUGACAUACGGAGAUGUCGGUGGAUGCAAAGAACAGAUCGAGAAACUCCGCGAAGUUGUGGAAAUGCCACUGCUAUCACCAGAGCGGUUUGUCCAUCUCGGAAUCGAUCCCCCAAAGGGAGCACUGCUAUAUGGCCCGCCCGGGACAGGGAAGACACUUUGUGCACGAGCGGUGGCCAACCGAACAGACGCAACAUUUAUCAGAGUCAUUGGGUCCGAGUUGGUACAGAAAUACGUUGGUGAGGGCGCCAGAAUGGUUCGCGAACUGUUCGAGAUGGCGAGAACGAAAAAGGCUUGCAUUAUCUUCUUUGACGAAAUCGAUGCCAUUGGUGGCGCUCGUUUUGAUGACGGUGCUGGAGGUGACAACGAGGUCCAGAGAACUAUGUUGGAGCUGAUCACACAACUCGACGGCUUCGACUCAAGAGGAAACAUCAAAGUCAUGUUCGCCACCAACAGACCAGCAACUCUUGACCCUGCUCUUCUCCGACCUGGACGUAUCGAUCGUAAAAUCGAGUUCGCCCUGCCAGAUUUGGACGGUCGAGCAAGCAUUUUGCGGAUUCAUGCAAAGAGCAUGUCUGUCGAACGGGAUAUCAGAUGGGAGUUGAUUGCUCGUCUCACAGGUCAGGCCACUGGUGCCGAGCUGCGAUCUGUCGCUACAGAGGCUGGCAUGUUUGCCAUUCGCGCAAGGAGGAAGAUUGCCACUGAGAAGGAUUUCCUUGCUGCUGUCGAGAAAGUCAUCAAAGGCAACAUUCAGUUCUCAUCGACUAACGUCUACGCGCAAUACAACUAGCGGCCGUAUCAUGGGUCUUCUCGGCAUAGAGUGGUAUCACAUUGCAUCGCUCGGAGUCUGGCGAGGUGUGAAGGAUUGGCUGAAAUACGGCCAAUGGUACUUUGUAACAUCAACACCACCUAUAAGGAACGGAACAAUUGCAAAGGUCGCACAGACUUUUUCUCAGAAAUCUGUCGGAGUCUCUGAUGGUUUACUCUUGCCGUGUGUCCAAUCCCAUCGUCAGAAUGCAGGCCAGUAAAAGGUACAAAUCAUCCUUACCAAACGCACCGCGGAUGAUGUUCGGGUUCCUGCAGGCCGCGAGAUACAAGUGUCACACGAAACUUUCCAGAACUCCUGAGCAUCUGGAAUUCUUGACGUGAUGCACAGUGGAAUCGACAGGUGGCCUACCUUGUCGAUUUGGAUAUAG